GACCUCCUCAUGAGCCGUGCAUGUGCAGUUUUCAGAUCUGAGCAGGGAGGACUAAACUGAACUACAACAUUGUUCUUGGCUCCAUUAAAACUAAGAAGAAAGAGGAUUGGUCAAAAUGAUCAGAAACUUGACUCCUCGACUGCACAAGCACUGUGAAAAGUGUUAUAACCGACACUGCAAAAAGUCCUUUGAACCUUAUGUAUCCUGUUUGGUUAUCAGUUGCCCUUCCAAGUGUGGUGCUGUUUUUCACCAGUGUAAGGAAGAUGAACAUACAUUACUGUGUCCACUGGAAAAUGUCCCUUGCCUAAAUUCAGCCUUUGGCUGCCCCUUCACCAUGGCACGCCACAAACUUUCCAAGCACCUUCGUGUCUGUCCUGCCAGCAUUGUGUGCUGUUCAAUGCAAUGGAACCGCUGGCCAGUGAAUGAAGAUGACAUAACAGUAAAGAAUAGUGCAUUCAAAGAAACUUUGAAUCCAGAGGAUUUGGACUUUGGCACUGCCAUGAGAGAUCAGGGUGUUCUUUUCAAUUCAGUGAAGAUGGCUGAACUUUUCCCAGAGAUGGCCGAGACAGUUGAUGAAAAUGAUCUGGCUUUGAAUGAAGAGGGGGCAGUAGGAGGAGCUUUUGCACCUUUGGAUAGGAGCUUUCUUGAAACAGGAACAAAAGUACAUCAAAAUGGAACUAAUGAGGUCAGUACAGAUGUGGCAGAGACAGAGGAACAAGAGGCUCUUGCUGAACUCACUGAGGAAGAAUAUUUAGCUAUGUAUUCUACUUGGGAACAUAUUUUCAGUAAGGAUAAAGGCAACCGUGCCAUUGAAGAGAAAACUACAAAAAUUAGAACCAAGCAGAAAAGUGAGGAUUCAUCAGCAUGCACUAAAAAUAAGGAAAGUGUACCUGAAAAUAAAACCUGUACGUCAGAUCCAGCUUUGUUAGCAGCAAUAGAAAAGACAGGUGAAGCUCCUUGGCAGGAAGGAGUUCUAGAAAGGCUAGAAACUCAGAUGGAUAGAAAACAUUUCAGUAUGUAUCUGGCACAUCAUGGCAGUAUGCUUAUUCGAUUUGGCCAGAUGAGUGCAUGUACACCGAAAGAAAGAGACUUUGUUUAUGGGAAACUGGAGGCCCAGCAUGUUAGAACUGUCAAUACAUUUAAAGUUCCUACCAGCUACUGUGCCAAGCGUGCACAUGUUGGAGAAUCAUUGUCAAGUAAGGUCAAAAAGGAGAACAAAGCUGUGGACACCUCUGACCUGGACACAGAGGACCAUAAAAAUGAUGAAGUUACUAUUUCAUUGCUUUGUUAUUUGGAAAAAGUGUUAAAAGGCCAUGUUAUAUCAGAAACAAAAGUCACUGAUGGAUUUACCGUUGAUUUUGCAACUCAGACAUAUUCUUUCCCCUCUGCUCCUUUUGGCCGUGAUAUAGCUUUGGCAGAUGUAGCAGCAGAGAAAGCCUCUAGUCUAUAUUUGCAACUCCAGACGGAGUGUAUCACAAAAAGAUACAACAAAUUGAAUUCUGCCUUUGCAUUUAUGUGCCACCAUUUCUUCAGGCGAGAUGAGUUUUCAUCACACUUCAGGAAUGUACAUGCCGAUAUUCAGUCUGGCCUGAAUGGAUGGAUGCUACAGAGAUGUCCUCUAGCUUAUCUUGGCUGUUCUUACUCACAACAAAGAAUCUGCCCCUCCAAGCUGAAGGCUAAGUUGAUUUACAAUCAACACCAAAAUGCAUUUGCAAUCAAACCAGAUGUUCCUGCAGUUCUGUGUCAGCACAGUCACAGGGAUCCAAAUGUAUGGAAAAAUGGGAAAAGUAUGUUUAGCUUGAUCAAUCUUCCAUCAGAGAUACUGAGGUACAUCGCAAGCUUCUUGGACAGCUACAGUCUAGCACAGCUGUCCCAAGUGUCUGUGUUGAUGAAUGUGAUCUCUUCCACUUUACUGCAAGAGUAUGGCAUGGUCUUUCUUGAGUGGGAAAAGAAAAUUUACUCACACGGAAGCUUUUCUUGGCGAGCUCGAAAACGGAAGUGGCAGUUCAGCUCUGUCUUCUCGACUGUCAACAACUGGAGCUUUAAUGACAGCCCCAGCAUGGCAGAGCAUCUGAAAACCUGUUCAUACUAUGUGACAGAGAAUAGGUCAAAGCCUGUCGCUCUCACCAAUAUGGGCAAGUCCCCAGAGUCAAAACAAGAGAAAAAGAGCCUUGUUAAUAUGUUUAGUAGGAAAAAAGCAGCAAAUAGAUUUUCCAGUCUGAUUGUAUGAAGUUUUAGUGUUUUGAUCAUGAUUUUGUUAUUGUUUCAUUCAACGUUCUUAAUAAGUAUGUAGCAUGUUGCUUACACUUAGGCCAGCUAGAAUCUUUGUAUUUUAACUGUAUUACUAUAACCUGACUUGAAAGUUGUGUUUUAUUUGCCACAUAAACUGAAGAGAGGAAUGACAAUGUUGUAGCAUGAUAUAUAUUUGACUCAAAGCUACAGCUUACACUUGUGUAAUAAGGCAGGAUGAAUAAAAAUAGUUUAAAACCAGAAUUGUAUAUGAGAGGCAUGUGAUUUGACUGUAGGAAUAAAUAGGAGCAAUGUAAUAAUCUACUUAUAUCAGGAAUUGGUUUUAAGGUCAGAAUCUGAUUAUGAUCAGAUAAUUUCAUGUUAGAAAUUUUGAAAAUAUAUUAUUUUUAGCACAAUACACGUAUCUGUCAACAGGCUUUACUUCAAUAAUUCAAGGUGAAUUAUUGAAGAUGCUGUUCUGGGAGGGGAGGUAACUCAGUCAGGUUUGGUUUUAUGCAAAUUCUAUUCGUUGGCUACAGAAUAUUGUUAAGAAAUUGUUAAGUGGUAGCAUUAUGAAGGGAUAAAACUCUUUUAAAUAAAGUUUCUGCUGUAGUAACAUGAAAAUAAAACAAUUCUGCUUUUUAAGAGAAAUUAAUUUGUCACAGCACUACUGAAAUAUUAUGAGGUAGCCUUCUAAGACAGGAAGUGCAGUAGGAGUGGUGGUGGGGGGACGGGAAAGGUGGGGGGGCUGGAUUAAGGUGUCCAAAUGGAAUCUUUCCUUGCCUGAAUUUAAUGCCACACUUAACCUCGGACUCCUUUUGACACUGGAAAAAGAACACCUAUUCAAAGAACAGAUAUCUCCCACCUUAAUUUCAGGAAAUUUAAAAAAUGGUGUUAAAUGAAAAUUAUGUGGCUGUGCAGAAGCUGUCCUUUUAUAUCCCUUAACAAUGGUAUAUCACUCAGACCCACCAUGCCUUUUCACACUAAUGGCAGAUUUUCAUAGCAAAAAAUUGAGGUCUAUGUUGCCGGUUAAGUCAAACACAACUAAGACUGCAAGAUCCUUCAUAAUGCAAAGUUACUUUGCAAGCUAUUUCAGUGUGUCAUCUAUAGCAUUCUUGCUUCAGAGUUAGAAUAUUAUGGGUUCAAGUCCCACUCCAGGGCUUGAGCAUAAAGAAUCAAGGUUGACGUUCCAGUAUAGUAUUAAAGGAAUGCUGCACUGUCAAAUGUUCCGUCUUUUGAAUGAGAUGCUUAACCACAGUCUCUUUCAGGCAAAUGUGAAAGAUCCUGUGGCGCUAUUGUGAAGAAGUGCAGAGAAAUAAUCCCUGGUGUCCUGGUCAAUAUUUAUCACUGAAUCAAAAUUGCAAAAACAGAUUAUCAUAUUGUUUGUGGGAGCUUGCUGUAUUUCCUACAUUAAAACAGUAACUACACUUCAAAAGUAUUUCAUUGGUUGUGAAGCGCUUUGAUAUAUCUGUUGGGCUUGGAAAGCACCAUAUAAAUGCACAUUUUUCUUUUACACUUGCAGGUCAGGUACAAUGUGGAUCAUAAUAAUAUGGAAGGCACUAUAAAUGAAAGUAUUGUUAAUAAAAACAUGAUUGCUAUCA